GAGGGAGAGAGAAACAGCACCGUCAAAAAACCCCCUCCGCGCGGCCCGUGCAAAACAAUUCCUCCAGAAGCUCUGCGAGUUGUUGCUUUCCCUCCACAACUCCUUAUCGUGGCCUCUUCUCUUCCCAUCACCAUCCAGAUCACACCGCACACAAUGGCAAUUAACUACUUGAUUCUCCUCUCCCGUCAGGGCAAAGUGCGCCUGGCCAAAUGGUUCACAACUCUUUCCCCAAAGGAGAAGGCCAAAAUCAUCAAGGAUGUGACUCAACUCGUCCUGUCCCGUCGGACAAGGAUGUGCAACUUUCUCGAGUAUAAGGACUCCAAGGUCGUCUACCGCCGUUAUGCCUCCCUGUUCUUCAUCGCCGGAUGCGCAUCUACCGAUAACGAGCUGAUCUCCCUUGAAAUCGUGCACCGUUACGUCGAGCAGAUGGAUAAGUACUACGGCAAUGUCUGCGAGCUGGACAUCAUAUUCAACUUCCAGAAGGCAUACUUCAUCCUAGAUGAGUUGCUGUUGGCGGGAGAGAUGCAGGAGAGCAGCAAGAAGAAUGUUCUCCGAUGCAUCAGUCAACAGGACAGUCUCGAAGAUAUGGAGGUUGAGGAAGAUGUGGUUACGAAGAUUAUGUAGCGGCUUUUCCCGUUCGGCAACUGGAGCGUUCCUGUGUUACUAUAUUUGGAUUUCCGCUUUAGGGACUUUUGGGAGGACAUAUUGGCGUUGGACGUACAUAGGCGUUGUUUUCUACCCUGUUGACGACAGACUAAUUAAUUAUACCACAUGGAUUCUUUUCAAUUGCCGCAACCAAGGAAAGGAUUCCCAAUGUUUGGGUGUCCCAAGACCCGAGUUCCCCCCCCCCCCC